AUGCCUUCAGCAGUCCAAACCCAUGGGUUCAAAAAUGUCAUCAUCGUCGGCGCUGGGCCGUCCGGUCUUCUUCUUGCACUCAUGCUCGCAAAAAGAGGGAUCGAAGUCACCAUUUUAGAAAGUGCAGCCGAGUUGGACAAGCAACCUCGAGCAACGCACUAUGGGCCACCCGCAGUCCAAGAGCUCAUCCGUGCUGGCGUGAUGGACGAUGUGAUAGCCGCUGGCUUUCACCCUGACGGCAUCUUUUGGAGGAAACUGGAUGGAACUGUUCUAGCCGGCUUAGAUGCUACCAUUUUCGAAGGCGUGCCUGAUAGGGUGACCUGUCUACCGCUGGAUCAAGUUGGUGCUAUUCUGUAUCGUCAUCUUGAGAGGCAGGAGACUGCGAGAGUGGAGUGGGGGAGUAAGGUUGUGGAUAUUGGCCAAGAUGAGGAAAAGGCAUGGGUUGAAGUCGAGCGGGCCGAUGGUAGGAAACGGGUGGAGGCCGACUAUGUAGUCGGAUGUGAUGGAGCAAAUAGCCAAGUGCGAAGAUGCCUAUUCGGAAAGAGCUUUCCAGGCAGAACGUGGGACGAGCAGGUUGUUGCUACCAACACAUAUUAUGACUUUCAGCAGUAUGGCUAUAAUGACUCUAAUUUCUUCAUCCACCCGGAACACUGGCAUAUGGUUGCUAGGAUCAGCAAUGACGGUCUAUGGCGCGUCACGUACGGCGAGAAACCGGGACUCUCCAGAGAUGAGUUACUCCAAAGGUUGCCUGCAAAAUUCAAAGCAAUGUUUCCCGGCCAUCCUGAACCAGAGGAAUAUCGUGUGGUCAACUUCAGUCCCUAUAAGGUUCACCAGAGAUUGGCCGAGAAAUUACGGGUUGGGCGUUUUCUCUUGGCGGCUGAUGCAGCUCACCUGUGCAACCCAUUUGGCGGCUUAGGUCUGACAGGUGGAAUCGUGGAUGUUGGCGGACUGUACGACUGUUUGGUUGGGAUAUACGACGGAAAGGCAGACCCAUCAAUACUCGACAAGUACUCGGAGAUCCGAAGCAAAAUAUACAAGGAAAUCAUCGACCCCGUAUCGAGUGAAAACAUCCGACGUCUUUUCGAUCAAGAUCCGGAUUCCGCCCUGGAGAAUGACGAGUUCUUGAAGAUGUGUAAGCGGACCGCUACUGAUCUUGAAUAUUCAAGGCAAAUGCAACUAGGACAAAAUAGAAUCAAAUAUGACUUUACCAAGGAAUACACGAAGAAGUAG